AUGAGCAAAAUACCAGCCGUAGGUAUAGACUUGGGUACCACUUACUCGUGUGUAGGCGUGUGGCAGCAUGGAAAAGUGGAAAUCAUCGCCAACGACCAGGGAAAUCGGACGACACCCAGCUACGUGGCGUUCACAGACUCGGAAAGGCUGAUCGGAGAUGCCGCCAAGAGUCAGGUGGCCAUGAAUCCACGAAAUACGGUUUUCGAUGCCAAACGUUUAGUAGGUCGUAAAUUCGACGAUCCAAAAAUACAAGAGGACAUGAAACAUUGGUCGUUCGAAGUGGUCAAUGAGGGUGGUUUGCCUAAAAUAGCCGUCGAGUAUAAAGGUGAGAGGAAAAUAUUCGCCCCGGAAGAAGUUAGUUCAAUGGUGCUUACGAAAAUGAAAGAAAUCGCCGAAGUCUACCUGGGUGGAAAGGUCACCGACGCCGUGGUAACCGUACCGGCGUACUUCAACGAUUCCCAAAGACAAGCUACCAAAGACGCUGGAGCCAUUGCCGGACUUAACGUGUUGCGGAUAAUCAACGAGCCCACGGCCGCAGCUCUGGCUUACGGUCUCGACAAGAACCUGAAGGGCGAGAAGAACGUGCUGAUAUUCGAUCUGGGCGGCGGCACGUUCGACGUGUCGAUCCUGGCCAUCGACGAGGGUUCGUUGUUCGAAGUGAAGUCGACGGCCGGCGACACGCACUUGGGCGGCGAAGACUUCGACAACAGGCUGGUGACGCAUUUCGUCGAGGAGUUCAAGAGGAAGUGCAAGAAAGACAUCAGCGGCAACACGAGGGCUCUCCGACGACUGCGGACGGCCUGCGAGAGGGCCAAACGGACACUGUCGUCGAGCACCGAAGCGUCCCUCGAGAUCGACGCCCUGCACGACGGCGUCGAUUUCUAUUCGAAAAUCACCCGAGCCCGAUUCGAAGAGAUGUGCAUGGACCUGUUCCGGUCUAUAGAUCUUUGUCAACACCCGAUAAUUCUAAGUUGCUUCAAAUAUGCCCCAACAACCAGUGGCGUAGGGAACGGUACCGUCAGAGGCAAUUGCCUUUGA